AACGGAAGACUUCAAAAUCCGCCAUGUUGGAAAUGGUUAUAAAGACAUGUUGUGUUUUACUAUUAUUUUCAAGUAGAUUAAAUCUACAUCUCUAGAUCUAACUCUUUUUUUUUUUUGCGUUUAGAUCAUUUAGAUCUACUUCUUGGAAGUAAUCUAUAUUUUUUAAAGAGGUUUACCAUUCAUAAUGGAGCUAUUCUUCCCAGAUUCGUAUGUUACGUGUUUGUAACUUAGCAACUGAAGGAUGUCUGUAGUGGUACCUCAGAAGAGCAUGCCUCCACCUGCAGCUGGAGUUACAGUGACUAAGAAUCUAACCGCUUCCACUAAAUUCCCAGCCUCAACUACUCAGACACAAGCACCACUAACACAGAGUGAUCCUAAGGCUAAUUUAGCCCUCGGGACCUCGCAAUCAUUCCAUCGACCAUAUCAGUUUCGCCCCAGAUUUCCUCCAAAUAAAGGGCAAGACGAUGUGUCUGGGUUAAUGUACGAUGGCAAGCGCAUGAGAAAAGCUAUUCAUAGAAAAACUGUUGACUACAAUCCAUCAGUAUUUAAAUAUUUACAGAACAGAAUUUGGCAACGUGAUAGGAGAGAUGAGCAUCAAAUUCAGCCAGAUGCUUUGUAUGCAGUUGAUUUGGUUCCUCCCCCUGCACUUUUAGAACAUCCCAUGAAUUGUGUGACCACCAGAUUUGUCAGAACGUCAACCAACAAGUUCAGAUGUCCUAUAUUCUGUCUGACUUGGACUCCUGAAGGAAGAAGAUUAGUAACAGGAGCUUCGAGUGGAGAGUUUACAUUAUGGAAUGGUCUUACAUUUAAUUUUGAAACAAUUUUACAGGCUCAUGAAACAGCAGUGAGAGCGAUGCGAUGGAGUCACAGUGAUGGCUGGAUGGUGACAGCUGACCACGCAGGCUAUAUCAAAUACUGGCAAUCCAAUAUGAACAAUGUCAAGAUGUACCAGGCGCACAAGGAGCCCAUUCGAGGCAUCAGUUUUUGUCCAUCCGACACUAAAUUUGCAUCAUGCUCAGAUGAUGGGACUGUUCGAAUAUGGGAUUUUAUGAGAUGUCACGAAGAAAGAAUUCUCCGAGGUCAUGGAGCUGAUGUUCGAUGUGUUGACUGGCAUCCACAAAAAGCUCUCUUGGCUUCAGGCAGUAAAGAUAAUCAGCAGCCUGUCAAGCUUUGGGAUCCCAGAACUGGAAAUAGCUUAGCAACAUUACAUGCUCACAAACACACUGUGAUGGAUCUCAAGUGGCACAUGAAUGGGAACUGGAUGUUGACUGCCUCAAGGGAUCAUUUAUUGAAACUGUUUGAUAUUAGAAAUUUAAAGGAAGAGUUACAGACCUUCAAAGGGCACAAAAGGGAGGCAACUGCCAUUGGAUGGCAUCCUAUCCAUGAAGGGCUGUUUGUUAGUGGCAGUGCUGAUGGGGCUCUGAUGUUUUGGAUGGUUGGAUGUGAUCAUGAAGUGGGAGCCAUGGAGGAAGCUCAUGAAGGAAUGGUCUGGAGUGUAGCCUGGCACCCUCUUGGACACAUCCUAGCUUCUGGGUCGAAUGACCAUGCAACAAAAUUUUGGACAAGAAAUCGACCUGGAGAUGAAAUGAGAGACAAAUACAAUCUGAAUACUUUACCGAUGGGAAUGAUGGAACAGGAGUUGUUAGAAUACAGUCAGGAAUCUACAGUACCUAACCUACCUGGGAUGGGGCUAGAACAUGGACUGCCUGAACACUUACAGGUUAAAGAUGAAAAACAAGAAGAGAAUGAUCUUCCGUCGAUUCCUGGUCUAGAUUGGGAGGAAGAUGCUGCACUGCUUAAAGCUGAGGAGAAAGCAUCGCAGAAGAAGGUGCCUUACGCCAGACCUGUGCCCAAGAUGUUUGAACAAGCUUGGACAGGAGAGAUUGAUAUGGAACAGCUGAAGAAGGAACAGCAACAGCAGCAACUGAAGGCUCAGUUCAUGCCUCCGUCUCAGUCCAGCUUGCUCUUAGCCCAGCAGGUCAUUGGAGCUGCCAUUGCUGGGACACUGCGCCAGCAGCUAGCUGCCAGUGAAGGUGGCCGCAUGCUACUGCCAGGUGGGCCACUGAUGUUGGGAGGUCCAAGGAUGAUUAUUGCCCCAGGGCAGCCCGUUAUUGGCCCACGUGCAGGACAAAUGCUGCUCAUUCCCAGUGGGCCAGGUUCAGGAGGCCGACCUUUGGGCCCAAAUAGCACACAAGCAAAUACAGAUCUCCAAACUAGCCAGCAGAUACUGGCCACGACAAUGAGUAUUAUUAACAGUAAUUUGCAAGCGGCUAAUGCUUUAGGGCAACAAGUUGGCAAUGCAAUAGGGCAACAAGUUGCUAAUUCACAAAUAAAUAACAAUCAGCCAGCAGGUCAGAUAAAUAACCAAGGUCAAAUGAGGAUGCCUCAAGGACCUGGUCAAAUGCAUUUAAGGCCUCAGAUGUCUCAAGGACAAAAUGUGGGUCAAAGAUCUCAAGACAACCAGAAUCCAACACACAAUGAAGGUUCACAAAUGAAUAUUCGACAAACAGGGUCACAUUUUGGGCAGAACCAGCAAAAUAUGAAUGCUGAAGGUAUGGAUAAAGAUGAAAGAUUUCAAGGGCAAGCGCCAAUGGGAGAUCCAAACCUAGAAGAGAUGGAUCAUGAUUAUCGCCAUCCAGUAUACAAUGGCCCUGUGGCUGCAGAGGACGAAGACUACAGAAUGAAAGGAAGCAAUAACAGAAGCAUGACUGAUUUACGAGGGGGCAUCGACCCCAGGAACCAACCCAACGUAGAAGCAGACUAUCAGGAAGGGGACUACGGGGACACUGACGAACGAGGGUUAGACACGGGGGAUUAUGAUCACAGGAGUUAUGGGCAGGGUCGAGGUGGCGGGAUUAUGCACGGCCGAGGAAACUUGCAUGCUAGGGGAGGUAAUCUGCCCCUGCGUGACAAUAGAGGCUGGGAUACGUAUGAGGAAACAGAGUACCCAGAUGAAACGUGGGACGGUGGAGACUUUGGGAAUUACGACGAGAAUUACGAUGGCUAUGAAGAUGAGUACAUGGAGCAGGAGUAUGGAGGGGACCCUCGAGGGAGGAAGAGGCCUUGGGAUGAGGGCCCAGGUCUUCACAGAGGAAUGGGCCCAAGAGGUGGGGCCCACUGGGGAAGGGAGAUGCGAAGCAGGGGACGGCCAAAUUUUCGAAAUGUCAGAGGAAUGAGACCAGGGGCUUUCAGAGGUCCAAGGGGGUGGAUCCGAGGUGGGGAGAGAGGCAGGGGAGGCGAGAGAGGUAGAGGCGGUCACAGAGGUAGGGGGAUGGAUCCAGGCUGGUGAAAGAUAAAAGCUUUUCAAUAACAUUUAAUUUCUUAAUCAAAAUGCUUGUGCCUGCUAAAUGACAGAAGUAGGCUUAAGUUACUCUGCUGAUAUGGGAGCCUACUUUCAAUUCAGUUUGAAUGGGUUGUGAAGUGUGAAUGAUAAGAUUUUUACUUGAGUAGCUCUCCUAAGUUUAUACUGAAAUAAAAAAGUGCUAAGUUCAUACACUUGUUGGCUAUGUAAAAUGUUAAUCUCUAGUGAUACUUCAGAAUGCAAGUUAGUGAGCUACUAACAUGAGCAAGAAAAGCUGUAAUGUUUAGAAAGUAUUUCACUUUUCUAUAAUCAUGAGAAAAGUAGUACAAUCACUGUAAUACGGAAGAUGAUGUCUUUGAUUGACUUUUAUCUCUAUUAUAUAUAUAUUUAAUGUUUACCGUUGGGUUUACAAUGUAUUGCGAAUUCUAUUUUCAUUCGGAUGUAUGUUAGUGUUUCUCAACCAUUCUCAUCUGUUCAAACCAAAAACACCCCUGCUGAAUAGUUCCAUUUGUUCAGACGGCAAAAUAUUCAUGUCUAGUAAAACCAUUUCAUUUUUGAUGAUUUUUCUUAUUUGAUUUGUAAAUGUUAAAAUGUAAAUGAUGUUUACACAAAUUAAACAUUCUGCUUCUUUCAUCA